GAAGAGGAGAUUGACUUUAAGAACAAGAUGGCUCCACUGUUAAUGUUUCUCAUGGCAGUGCUGGUGGCAGCAGAUGGUCUCUCAGCUCCAGCAGGGUCUGCCUCUCUCUCAGUGGUGUACUGUGAUUUGUUAACUUAUUGUCUUGAUGGGGAAAAAUGCUGUCGGACUCCACUUGGGCAGUGGACUUGCUGUGAAUAUGCUAUGGGUCAGUGCUGCAGUGAUGGUUUUCAUUGCUGCCCUAAUGGUUUUAACUGCGAUUCAACAUCAACCUUUUGUUUGAGUGGAUGGUUGAAACGACCAUCUUCUUUCCAGCUGGCAUCCAAAGCAACCCAGAAAACCCAGAUUGUGCGGCUGGAUAAAGCUAGAUCGCAGAAUCAGGUUGAGUCUGUAAAGUGUGAUGUGAAUGUCUACUGUCCAGUAGAGAUGGUCUGCUGCAAAACACAGACUGGCCAAUGGGGCUGCUGCAGCGGUCAAGCAAACUAAUUUGAUUUAGUUUAUGUCUGUGGUUCUCAAACCUUUUCAACAACAGGGGCCUCAUUUAUAAAAUGCUGCAUAGAAACCACCCUACAUUUGAUCGUACGAUCAUACAAAAAUGCGUACGUGUGAUUCAUAAACCGAACAUACACACAGAAAACGUGCGUACCCCUUUCUUUCAGAUGUUAAAUCUAUUAAUCGCAAAUGAUCUUGAACUUGUGCGCAGCUGAGCAGUUUCAGAUCUCCGCCUUUAAACGACGCCUAAUUAAUGUCAUUGACAUAUAAAAGAGCACCUGUAAAUGUUUAAACCCUUUCGAGCAGCUAGAAUGGCUUAUAUUUUCAAAAACCUGCAGCAAUCGGACAAGCAAAAGUGGGUAUGUCUGCUCAGAUCCUGACGUGGCGCUAAAAACUUUUCCAUGUCAUGCCGUGGAUUUUUGUGUACGCACACUUUACGAUCAAAUCUGUGCGUACAGUACGCACGCUUUAUAAAUGAGGCCCCUGGUGUGUAUGCAUCCAUAGACAUAAAUAGAGACCACAUUGAUGACUGCUUUGGCAUGUUGCUGUGAUGUGCCAACAGACAGUAUCACCAUAUCGAUGAGAUGAAGUAAAUAGAAUAAUUUUUCUGGAUUAAAACACAUUUACAUUUAUUUUUUAAUCAUCAA